AUGGCAUUUAUGGUGAAACACGUGGUGGGCGGCCAGCUGAAGAACCUGACAGGCGGACUGACAGAGGAAAAAACCGAAGCGGAGAAGUCUGACGCGGCCGCUCACGGCAUGACUCCAGAAGAAUUUGAGCAGUACCAGCAACAGUUAGAGGAGGAGAAAAAGGAACGAGAAGCCCAUUUUGCUCAAAAGAAAGCUGAGAGGGCAACAGUUCGAACUCAUUUCCGAGAAAAGUACAAGUUACCCAAGAAUGAAAAUGAUGAAACCCAAAUACAACAGGCAGGAGAUGACAUUGAGCUUCCCCAAGAGCUGGCCAAGAUGAUCGCAGAAGAUAACCAAGAGGAAACCCACAAGCAGUCUGUGCUGGGCCAGCUGUCCAAUAUUCAGAAUGUGGACAUCGACCAAUUGAAAGACAAAGCCCAGGCCACACUGGAAGAUCUAAAAAAGCAGACAGAGAAUUGCAGUCUCAUGUGA